AUGCUGAACCCAUGCCUCCUCCGGCGGGCCGCGGCGACCACCGCCAGCUCGAGCUCCAUGCUGACGGAGAAGGGGCGGCCGUUCGCGGCGGUGGCGCGGGAGGUGAAGAUGAUGCAGCAGCACAUUGCCGGGCUCGUCAGCAACAGGGACAACGCGAUCCUUGACCACGCCGCCAAGUACGUCGUUGGGGCGGGUGGGAAGAUGCUGCGCCCGACGCUGGUGGCGAUGAUGGCCCACGCGCUGCUUCCACCCCACGUCAGCGAGCGGAUUCGCGAAACUAGCAUUGGCUCCCUGGAUGAUAUUUCUCCCGGCACGAUUCAGCCAUUCCUGCGCCUUGGGGAGGUGACGGAGCUUAUCCACACCGCCUCCCUCGUCCAUGACGACGUCAUCGACAACAGCGACACGCGCCGUGGGCAGCCCGCGCUUCACUGCGUCUAUGAUGCGAAGCGGGCUGUGCUGGCGGGCGACUUCCUCCUCGCCCGUGCCUCACUGUGGAUCGCCACCCUCCGUGUCCCUCGCAUCGUGCUGUUCAUGUCCACCGCGCUGGAGGAUCUCACCGUUGGCGAGAUGAUGCAGAUGGACGGCUGCUUUGAUAUUGAGAGCUACGAGCAGAAAACCUACUGCAAGACGGCGUCUCUUAUAGCUAACUCCCUCGCAUCGACGGCGGUACUUGCGGAUCCGCAAAACACGGCGUACGAAGCCGCGGCGGCAGAGUUCGGAAAGCGCUUAGGCAUCGCCUUUCAAAUUGUGGAUGACUGCCUCGACAUCACAGGGGAUGAAAAGAAUUUGGGUAAGCCAAAAAUGGCCGACAUGAAGGAGGGCAUCGCGACCCUGCCGGUGCUGCUCGCCGCCCGGAUGGAGGCUCGCGUGGACGAGGCAGUGCGGCGUCGCUUUAAGGACCCGGGCGACGCGUCGAUGUGUAUGGAGGCGGUAGAGCGCCAUGGGUGCAUCGCCGAGGCCUUGCAGCUUGCGGAUGAGCACUGCCGUCGCGGUGUUGAGGCGCUCGGCGCCCUCCACCACUCCGCGGCACGGGAUUCGCUUGAGGCCGCGAUGGGCCUCGUUCUAACGCGCCAGGUGUGA